UAAUUUAAACGUUACGCGCAUAUUCUUAAUUUUACGCGUAUCAAAAGCCAAAAAUUUCUUGUCACUAGAUUCUCUCUGGAGGUUCUCAAAAUAAUCAAUCAAACGUAGAGGACAAAUCCGUUAUUUCACAUAUGCCUCCAUCCCACUUUACUUUUCCGGCGUUUCUUCUUUCUGUUUUAUUUUGUAUCAACCUUUAAACCUCAUUUCGAAACUCCUUCCCCCCUUCGUUUUCCGGAUUCAAGAUUUAAAGGAUUUUUUUUUUUUUCUUUCAAAUCGUCGUCGAUCUCACUCCGCGACGACUGACUGAGGGUCUUUUUUUAACAUAACUAGGGUUUAAAACCCUCAGAUUCGAUGGCUAGGGUUCGCAUGAAUUGGGAGAGACUGGUGCGAGCCACCUUGAGCAGAGAGCAGCUGAGAAAUGCUGGUCAAGGACCUGAGCGAAUUGGAAGUGGCAUCGCUGGUGCGGUCCCGGCAUCCCUUGGUCGCUCCUCCAACAUCGACGCAAUUCUACAGGCCGCAGACGAGAUUCAAGAUGAGGACCCAAACGUUGCCAGAAUAUUGUGUGAACAGGCAUAUUCUAUGGCUCAAAACUUGGACCCAAACAGUGAUGGUAGAGGUGUUCUUCAGUUCAAGACUGGUUUGAUGUCUAUAAUUCAGCAAAAACUUGCCAAAAAGGAUCUCCAUCAACUAGAUCGUAGUCAUGAUACUGAACGGCUUUGGGAGUUUUAUCAAAAAUAUAAGAGACGACAUAGAGUGGAUGAUAUCAGAAGCCAAGAACAAAAUUUGCGGGAGUCUGGAAUUUUUUCUACAAGCAUGGGAGAUGGAACAGAAAUGAGAAAGGUGAUUGCUACAUUGAGGGCCUUGGUUGAAGUUUUGGAGGCUCUUAGCAAAGAUGCAGAUCCUUAUGGGGUUGGAAGACAGAUUAUGGAGGAGUUACAAAGAAUCAAAAAGGAUGAGGCAACCUUGUCUGGGGAGCUCACACCCUACAAUAUUGUUCCUUUAGAAGCACCAUCAUUUACCAAUGCUAUUGGAAUUUUCCCCGAGGUUAGGGGUGUAAUAUCUGCAAUAAGAUAUACAGAACAGUUUCCUAGACUUCCUGCCAAUCUGGAAAUUUCUGGACAGCGGGAUGCAGAUAUGUUUGAUCUUCUGGAGUAUGUGUUUGGUUUUCAGAAAGACAACACAAGGAACCAGCGUGAGAAUCUUGUUCUCUCAGUAGCAAAUGCACAGGCUCGACUUGGCAUACCUGUUGAUCCCGAGCCGAAAAUUGAUGAGAAAGCAAUCAAUGAAGUUUUCUUAAAGGUGCUAGAUAACUAUAUCAAGUGGUGCAAAUAUUUACGGAUACGCCUUGCAUGGAACAGUAUGCAAGCAAUCAAUAGGGACAGGAAGCUUUUUCUGGUCUCUUUGUACUUUCUUGUAUGGGGAGAAGCUGCAAAUGUCCGUUUUCUUCCUGAGUGUCUUUGCUACAUAUUUCACCAUAUGGCAAAAGAGUUGGAUGCUGUAUUGGACCAUGGAGAAGCUAAUACUGCUCCCAGUUGUAUGACCGAAAAUGGUUCUGUGUCCUUCCUUGAGAAAAUUAUUUGUCCUAUUUAUGAGACAAUGGCAGCGGAAGCUGCUAGAAACAACAAUGGAAAAGCAUCACAUUCUGCAUGGCGGAAUUAUGAUGACUUUAAUGAAUAUUUUUGGUCACCUGCUUGCUUUGAACUGAGAUGGCCCAUGAGGACAGACUCGCCAUUUCUGCUGAAGCCUAGAAAGGGGAAAAGGACCGGGAAAAGUACUUUUGUUGAGCAUCGCACAUUUCUUCACUUGUAUCGAAGUUUUCAUCGUCUGUGGAUCUUUCUGCUUCUGAUGUUUCAGGCUUUGUCAAUAAUAGCCUUCAAAGAUGGGCAUAUCAAUUUAGAUACCUUUAAGACUGUACUUAGCAUUGGACCAACAUUUACCAUCAUGAACUUCAUAGAGAGUUGUCUAGAUGUGUUGCUUAUGUUUGGGGCUUACACCACGGCAAGAGGCAUGGCUAUCUCAAGGGUAGUCAUUAGGUUCUUCUGGUGUGGCUUGGCUGCUGCGUUCAUAACUUAUGUUUACUUGAAGGUUCUGGAGGAACAAAACCAGCGGAACUCAAAUUCGUAUUAUUUUCGAAUAUAUGUACUUGUAUUGGGUGUUUAUGCUGCCGUGCGUGUGGUCUUUGCAUUGUUGCUUAAAUGUCCAGCUUGUCACACACUGUCUGCAAUGUCUGAUCAAUCGUUUUUUCAAUUUUUCAAGUGGAUUUAUCAGGAGCGAUACUAUGUUGGUAGAGGUCUUUAUGAGAGGAUUAGUGACUACUGCAGGUAUGUGCUGUUUUGGUUGGUGAUCUUUGUUUGCAAGUUCUUAUUUGCAUACUUUCUUGAGAUCAGACCUCUUGUUAAACCCACGAGGAUUAUCGUUGACCUGCCAUCUCUUCAGUAUUCAUGGCAUGAUUUGAUCUCAAAGAAUAAUAACAAUGUUUUGACUGUAGCUAGUCUAUGGGCUCCUGUUAUUGCGAUCUAUCUCAUGGAUAUUCACAUAUGGUACACUGUCUUGUCUGCAAUUAUUGGUGGUGUAAUGGGUGCACGGGCUCGAUUAGGCGAGAUACGUUCAAUUGAAAUGGUGCACAAACGUUUUGAGAGCUUUCCAGAAGCCUUUGUCAAGAACCUUGUUUCUCCACAGGCAAAAAGGAUGACAUUUGACGAACAAGCACCUCAGGUUGCUCAAGAAUUGAACAGGGAAUAUGCAUCUAUUUUUUCUCCAUUUUGGAAUGAGAUUAUCAAAAGUUUGCGUGAGGAAGAUUUUAUUAGUAAUAGGGAGAUGGACUUGCUUUCCAUCCCUAGCAAUGCAGGAAGUCUACGAUUAGUUCAAUGGCCUUUGUUUCUUCUCAGCAGUAAGAUAUUUUUAGCAAUCGAUUUGGCUUUGGACUGCAAAGAUACGCCGGCUGAUCUUUGGAAUAGAAUAUGUAGGGAUGAAUACAUGGCAUAUGCUGUUCAGGAGUGCUACUACAGUGUUGAAAAGAUUUUACAUUCGUUGGUUGAUGGUGAAGGGAGACUUUGGGUUGAAAGGAUUUUCCGAGAAAUUAAUAACAGUAUAUCGGAUGGUUCACUUUUUACAACCUUGACUCUGAAGAAGAUUCCACUUGUGUUGACAAGAUUUUCUGCUUUGUUUGGGCUUCUGAGGAAUGAAAAUCCGGAUCUUGCAAACGGUGCUGCAAAAGCUUUAUUUGACAUAUACGAGGUUGUUACACAUGACCUGCUGUCAUCUGAUUUAAGGGAGCAGCUUGACACAUGGAACAUUUUGGCUAGAGCAAGAAAUGAACGUCGCUUGUUUUCUAGUAUAGAAUGGCCUAGAGACCCGGAAAUUAAGGAGCAGGUGAAGCGAUUGUAUCUUCUUCUUACUGUAAAGGAUUCUGCUGCUAAUAUUCCAAAGAAUCUUGAAGCAAGAAGAAGAUUAGAAUUUUUCGCCAAUUCUUUAUUUAUGGACAUGCCACCAGCAACGCCAGUUUCUGAAAUGAUACCAUUCUGUGUCUUCACCCCAUACUACAGUGAGACUGUACUUUACAGUAUCUCUGAUCUACAGAAAGAAAAUGAGGAUGGAAUAUCAAUUCUUUUCUAUCUUCAGAAAAUAUUUCCAGAUGAAUGGGAGAAUUUCUUGGAACGCAUUGGUCAAAGCGAGUCUGGUGGAGAGGUAGAUCUUCAAGAAAAUUCAAGUGAUUCUUUGGAACUUCGAUUUUGGGUAUCUUAUCGAGGGCAAACUUUGGCCAGGACUGUGCGUGGUAUGAUGUAUUACAGAAGAGCUUUAAUGCUACAGAGUUAUUUGGAAAGGAGAUCACUGGGAGUGGAUUAUACUCAAAAUAGCUUGCCUCUGACCCAAGGUUUUGAGUUAUCACGUGAGUCACGGGCUCAAGCAGAUUUGAAGUUUACUUAUGUUGUCUCAUGCCAAAUUUAUGGGCAACAAAAGCAGCGAAAGGCACCAGAAGCUGCUGAUAUUUCUCUUCUCUUGCAGAGGAAUGAGGCACUUCGAGUUGCCUUCAUACACGUGGAGGAGACUGGUACAACUGAUAAAGUUUCAAGGGAAUUUUAUUCAAAGCUUGUUAAAGCUGAUAUACAUGGAAAAGAUCAGGAAAUAUAUUCAAUCAAACUUCCUGGGGAUCCAAAGCUUGGUGAAGGGAAGCCUGAAAAUCAAAACCAUGCCAUAAUAUUUACACGUGGAGAAGCUAUUCAAACUAUAGACAUGAAUCAGGACAAUUACCUUGAGGAGGCAAUGAAAAUGAGAAAUCUUCUUGAGGAAUUCCGAAGAGAUCAUGGCAUUAGACAUCCAACUAUUCUUGGUGUGAGGGAGCAUGUUUUUACCGGAAGUGUCUCAUCUUUGGCCUGGUUCAUGUCCAAUCAAGAGACGAGCUUUGUGACCUUGGGCCAACGUGUGCUAGCAUACCCUCUCAAAGUCCGCAUGCACUAUGGACAUCCAGAUGUGUUCGACCGAGUUUUUCAUAUAACUCGAGGUGGCAUUAGUAAGGCAUCACGUGUCAUUAAUAUUAGUGAAGAUAUAUAUGCAGGAUUUAACUCCACAUUGAGACAGGGUAACAUUACUCACCACGAAUAUAUUCAGGUUGGAAAGGGAAGAGAUGUGGGGUUAAAUCAGAUUGCCCUAUUUGAAGGGAAAGUUGCAGGAGGGAAUGGAGAGCAAGUCCUAAGCAGGGACGUGUACAGGCUUGGUCAACUUUUUGAUUUCUUUAGAAUGCUCUCUUUCUACUUCACAACUGUCGGUUACUAUGUUUGCACGAUGAUGACUGUCCUUACAGUGUAUAUAUUCUUAUACGGAAGAGCUUACCUGGCUUUCUCUGGACUUGAUCGAGGAAUUUCAAGGUAUGCAAAGUUGACAGGAAAUACAUCGUUGAAUGCGGUUUUGAAUGCACAGUUCCUAGUACAGAUUGGAGUUUUUACUGCAGUCCCAAUGAUAAUGGGUUUUAUACUUGAAAUGGGAUUGUUGAAGGCUGUAUUUAGCUUCAUUACUAUGCAACUUCAGUUAUGUUCUGUGUUCUUCACAUUCUCAUUAGGAACCCGAACUCAUUACUUUGGACGUACUAUUCUCCAUGGGGGUGCAAAAUACAGAGCAACUGGCAGAGGCUUUGUUGUCCAACACAUAAAAUUUGCGGAGAAUUACCGUCUUUACUCAAGAAGUCAUUUUGUAAAAGCGCUUGAAGUGGCACUUCUUCUAAUAGUUUACUUGGCAUACGGAUACAUAGAAGGCGGUGGUUUUUCUGCUGUUUUGCUAACUCUUAGCAGUUGGUUCCUUGUCAUCUCGUGGCUCUUUGCUCCUUAUAUCUUCAAUCCAUCAGGUUUUGAAUGGCAAAAGACUGUAGAAGAUUUUGAUGAUUGGACCAGUUGGCUCUUAUACAAAGGUGGAGUAGGAGUGAAGGGAGACAAUAGCUGGGAAGCUUGGUGGGAGGAAGAACAGGCGCAUAUCCAAACUUUGAGAGGUCGUAUACUGGAAACAAUACUAAGUUUGAGGUUCUUAAUAUUUCAAUAUGGCAUUGUGUACAAACUCCAUCUCACUGGAAAGGAUACAUCAGUUGCGAUUUAUGGCUUCUCCUGGGUUAUAUUGGUGUUCAUUGUCAUGAUAUUUAAGAUAUUUACCCUUAGUCCGAAAAGGUCAGGCAACUUCCAGCUAAUGUUGCGGUUCGUGCAGGGAGUGACAUCCAUAGGACUUGUACUAGCAGUUGCUCUUGUUGUGUUCUUCACUGAUUUAUCAAUUGCAGACCUUUUCGCAAGCAUUCUUGCAUUUAUACCUACUGGUUGGCUUAUUAUAUGUCUAUCUAUCACAUGGAAGAAGAUAGUCAGGAGACUGGGCUUGUGGGAUUCAGUGCGUGAAUUCUCCAGAAUGUAUGAUGCUGGGAUGGGUAUGAUACUCUUUGCUCCAGUGGCAUUGAUGUCUUGGUUUCCAUUUAUUUCUACCUUCCAGUCUCGUCUUCUUUUCAAUCAAGCAUUUAGCCGCGGACUGGAGAUCUCCCUCAUUCUUGCUGGAAACAAAGCUAAUGUUGACACUUGAUUGUUUUCUUGCAUUUUGAAACAUGCACGGCUUCUGUAACUUAGUGAGUAUAGAUUUUAGUUAGAAAUUCUGAUGUAUGAUAUUGCAUUAUGCUAGGAUCCAACAUGCAGUGAUAUGUAAAAAAAUUUAGCGGUGUAAGUUGAAACUUGCUUCACUUGGUGUGGUUGAGUUGUAAAUUAGGAUGAGUAGGAGAUUUGAAACUAUUAUUUCAAUUUACGUCCCUACGUUUUUUGCCUAAUUGAAAUGUAAUGGUUGUUGU